AUGUUACAAAAAAGGGUGAACAGGGUGUAUGACUCGGGGUCGGGAGAUAUCUCGUGUCAACUACUUCUUGAAGUACAGAAGGAAAUCAGUGUAUCGGUUGAAGAUCGGCUAAAAGUGUAUGAAUUAUGUAAAACACAUUUAGGCGGCCAUUGGAGUGAUGUUAGUGCCGACCAACUGGUCAUAAGCCCACGACAAAUACGGGGCAUAACUCAGCAAACGGUUAUCAGUAUCUUAAUGACCGAGAUUAAUAUAUCGCCCAAAAUAUACACAAUGUUUGAAAAUGGGUUCAUCAGUGAGUAUAUUGAUGUGAGCAUGUGUCGUUAUUUCAAUGUUGACGACGACCUCAACCCUAUUGCCGUCAAACUGUUGGCCCAAAAGGUGGCAAAAUGCACUCAAAAUACUUACCGAUUGCCAGAGACGUGAAACAAUUAUGGAAAUGGAUUUCGUGGCUG